AUGAGACAAAAAAGAGCUAAAUCAUACAAGAAGCAAAUGAAUACCUAUACAUACACGUUCAAAUUUCGAGAACCGUAUCAAGUAAUUUUAGAUAAUGAAAUAAUAUCAACAUGUCAUUCAGCAUCUUAUGACCUCGCCCGUGGUGUCAAACGAACUAUCCAAGCUAUUGAAAUAAAACCGAUGAUAACACAAUGCUGUAUGGAAGCCCUUUACACCACGCAAAACCAGCCUUUAAUUGAUUUAGCCAAAACGUUUGAAAGAAGGAAAUGUAACCAUCGGACUCCAAUAAAUCCACAGGAUUGCGUUGAAAGCAUAGUUGACAUCAAGGGCUGUAAUAAACAUAGAUAUGUUGUUGCAACCCAGAGUUUGGAGUUGAGGAAGAAAUUAAGAAAAGUGCCUGGGGUACCGCUCAUUUAUAUGAAUCGAUCAGUAAUGGUGAUGGAACCAUUGAGUGAUGCCAGUGUAAAGUAUAGUGAAGACUGGGAAAGGGGGAAAUUGACAGGUGGAUUAAAUGCCACUGAAGCGGGUAUAAUCAAGAAAAGUGAAGGCGGAGAAGAAGGUGAGGGAGGAGAUGCGGCCGGUGAACCGUUAAAGAAGAAGAGUAAAAAGGGUCCAAAGGGUCCUAAUCCACUAAGUAUGAAAAAGAAGAAAACACCUGGACUAAAUAAUCUGUCACCACAAGAUAAGAUAGCGAAGAAACCUAACAGGAGAAGAAAACAUACAAGAAAGACAAAAGAUCAGAGCGAAGUAAGUGAAGGAAAGGAAGAAGGUACAAAAGAGAGCAGCAAUGAAAAUGUAUAA